AUGGACCGAUAUAAUGAUGUAAAAAUACUGUUAAAGCUGUGGGAGAACUCGUUUGUUCAAACACACAGCAGGAAACCAAACAAGGACGAUAUAGCUGCUGCUCCAGAGGAAACAAGACAACUCUAUAAAGAAUACCGUCUACUUAAAGAGGAAAAAGAGAAGAGUACCAGGGACAGUGAGAAUCAUGGUCAAACUCAAGAGGAUUGCUGGGGCUCUCACCUUAACCGGAAGAGCAUGCCAGCAGCUGUCCCAAAACUCACAUCCAAAGACAAGGAAACCUUACAAACUUCUGCCCAGUACUUUGGUAUGAAGCUGAAGUCCAACCUUAUUAACUCGGCAUCAAAGGAACGACCAUUUUCUUUGAAAAAAUCCGUCACGCCACUCCGGAUGACAGGAAAAAACUGGAAAGACAGCGGCGCUGAUAGUCCAUGUCCAGAGCCAUGUCCAGAGCCAUGUACUCCUUCUGUUCAGAAAACUGGUACUGAGACACAGAAUGAACCAUCUGAUCCAUUUCCCUGCUUCACCUUUACACCCACCACAUAUGACCCACUGGACACAAGGACUCCUGAUAAAAGUACUAAGAAAGCCCAGUUCCUCAGACAGUCUAUGAACAAGAGGCUGUGCUCUGUGGACCAGGGCUGGCUGGGGCGCUGCCAGGUCUUCAGUGAAGUAGAAGAUAAACACAAACCUGUUGCCGGCAAUGUGCCAGAAGAGAAAAUUGUUCAGACUAGCAGUGCUAGCAGUGAAAAUGUGACUGUUAAAAAAUCUGCAUUAAAGUCUCCUAUUGAGAAUAGUGUUUCUAAAGAAGUGACACCAAAGCCAUGUCUAGAGGAUCCCUUUCAGAUUGAUUUGGACGAACCUCCAGUAAAGACCAGCGCAACGAUGGAUUCCAAACACAGUCCUGAAGCUGCUAAUGAAGAUAACAGGCUAAAUGAUGUUACAGACUGCCAGGAUGCCCCUGUAGAAGCAAGUUCAAAACGACAAACGAAAAAACCCAGAUCCAACAAAGUUAAAGACUCAGAACCAGCAAGGAGGUCUGAUCAUGAACAGAGGCCUGUUAAGAAAAAAGGAAGAAAAAGGCAGAGAGAAGUCGAGGAAGGAGAGGAACAAGCAGGAGAAACUGAGGGUGUUCAAAAGAAACGCAGGACUAAAAAAGAGAACUCCACUGAGAGAAGUCCUCCAAAAAAAGGAAGGAAAAAGAAAGUAAAGCCAGAUGAGGAAGAAAACGGUGGUGGUGCGGAGAAAAAGAUGCCUCAGAAAUCAGCCAUGCCUCAGGAGAACUUACUAGGAGAAGUCGAUGAGGAGGAUGUGAGAGCUGCCUCAGCCAGGAGGUAUAACCCACCCAAAAGCAGGGCUUCCAAAAACACAGAUGGAAACUAUGUAAAGAUUAACCUGAAAAAGAAGUCACAUGUUAAAGGUUUUGCCUUGAGGGGUGCUGUACUUCGCAAGCAGAUGUACAUUCAGAAAUUUCAGCUGAAGGGAGAAAGGUUUGGUGGAGGAGGUGGCCGGGGUAGAGGAAGGUUCGGGGGUUUCAAUCGACAAGGAGACACUUGUUAUAAAUGUGGUGGCACAGGACAUUGGGCAAGAGACUGUCGGGGACCAGCUCCUGCUUUGGCUGUGAGUAAUACAGCUCAGCAGGACACUCCUGUUGAAGAGGAGGAACCAUUUGAGCUGCCCACUUUAGAGGAAGUUGCCAGAGCCACAGGGACCUUGCGCUCGGAGCCUGUUGCAUCAUUGUCCCCUAGCGUGAGAGAGGAGGCAGAUGACAAGGACCAAGACAAAGGGGAGGAAAUUCUGCUUAAUGUGAUACGACCAGAUUACGAGCGACCGCCUCCACCUCCUCCCAUGGAGUCUCUAUACCAGCCCAGAGAGAUUGGCAAAGUACAAGAAGUUCCGGCUGAGGUAUACCAAGCCCUCCAUGACUUUGGUUACAAGUCCUUCAGGCCUGGCCAAGAGAGUGCCAUCAUGAGAAUUCUCUCAGGUUUGUCUACACUUGUUGUUCUCUCCACUGGCAUGGGAAAAUCUCUGUGCUACCAGCUGCCUGCCUACCUCUACGCUCAAAGGUCAAACUGCAUAACCCUGGUUGUGUCACCUUUAGUAUCGCUAAUGGAUGAUCAGCUUUCUGGUUUACCCUCAAAGCUAAAAGCAGCCUGCAUCCACUCAAACAUGUCUCAGAAACAAAGGGAGGCAGCUAUUGAAAAGGUAAAAGCAGGUCAGGUGCAUGUUUUGUUGCUGUCUCCGGAGGCUCUGGUCGGUGGAGGACACUCUGGCUCAGGCUGUCUUCCACCUGCUGACCAGCUUCCCCCAGUAGCCUUUGCCUGCAUUGACGAAGCUCACUGUGUGUCUGAGUGGUCACACAACUUCAGGCCCUGUUAUCUCAGACUUUGUAAGGUGCUAAGGGAUCGUCUGGGUGUGCGUUGCUUACUGGGUCUAACAGCCACUGCCACCCUGUCCACCGCCCUGGACAUUGCCCAUCACCUGGGCAUCAGUGAUCAGGAUGGUAUUGCUGUUCGCUCAGCAGCCGUGCCCCACAACCUUCAGCUUUCAGUGUCCAUGGACAGAGAUAAAGACCAGGCGCUGGUGACUUUGCUGAAGGGUGAACGUUUUGGCUCACUUGAGUCCAUUAUUGUGUACUGCACAAGGCGAGAAGAAACAAACCGCAUCUCUGCACUACUGCGUACCUGUCUGCAGGGGGUGAUGCUGAGAGAAUCUUCACGUCCCGUAAAGGAAACGGAUGAGGAUAAUCCAGUGGGCAAGAAAAAGAAAGCGUUGGCAAGGAAGAAGAUCCGAAAGCCCCUGAAGUGGAUCGCCGAGGCGUACCACGCAGGAAUGUCUGCUUCAGAGCGCCGGCGUGUACAGAACAAUUUCAUGUGCGGCGAGCUCCGUGUGGUGGUAGCCACUGUGGCUUUUGGAAUGGGUCUGGACAAGUCAGAUGUGCGCGGCAUUGUCCACUACAACAUGCCGAAGAGCUUCGAGAGCUACGUGCAGGAAAUCGGCCGCGCAGGUCGUGACGGAGAACCCUCCCACUGCCAUCUGUUCUUGGAUCCAGAUUGUGUAGAUCUUCAUGAGCUACGCAGGCACAUCUAUGCAGACACUGUGGACUUCUUCACUGUGAAGAGACUGGUGCAAAAAGUCUUCUCUCCCUGCAAGUGUAGACUCAUCCAUCAGAAAAACCAGGAAUUAGCCCAGGUCAUGGAGGUGAAUGAUGCUGAGCUGAUGGAGUUAAUGGACCACUGUGAUGAAUCUGGAGCAAACCAUCCGGAGCAGCAAGAAACACUUACACCCACAGAAACUCAACACACACAACCAGAGCAGUCAAACACUACACACACAAACCCACAUUGUACAGAGAGCUCACUAGAAUGGAACAAGCCAAACCUACAGGAGGAAUGUCUGGGAUCCAUUGUGCCAUCUCAGAGAGAAGAAAAGCACCAUGAAGGCCAAGGAGAUGACAAGGAUGUAGGGGAGGAAAGCAGAAAUGACUGCGAGAUGGAGGAGAGCGAGGGGGGUGAUACAGGCCAGCGUGUUUGUCACACUCAUGAGCGAGCUGUUGCAAUGCAAGAUACAGUGGAUGAGCUGGACAUCACAGAGGAGGGUUUGGAGACACUGCUGUGUUAUCUGGAGCUCCACCCUCAGCGCUGGGUAGAGCUUAUGCACCCCACCCUCUCAACCUGCCGCCUGGUCUGCUACGGAGGUCCUCGACAGCUUCGCCAGCUCACUAAAGUGUGUGCCCCAGUGGCAGUGGUGCUGGCGAGAAAGCGUCUUGCAGGGGAGAAGGUGGAAGACUUUGAUUCUUUGGACUUUGAUGUUGUGGAACUGGCUGACACUAUGGGCUGGCAGCUUCCACUGGUCAAGCGAGGCUUGAGACAGCUGCAGUGGGGCAGAGACGGUGGAUAUGGUGGCUCAGGCCGGAGCGGUGUGCAUGUUGAGUUCUCCGCUCUGUCCUUUUACUUCCGCUCCUACGGAGACCUGACGCCUGAGGAAAUGGAUGAGGUGUGUGCGUUCCUGCAUGGCCGGGUUAAAUCGCAGGAAAGGACUCAGCUCUAUCAGCUUAAAGCCUGUUUCAAAGCCUUCCGCAGUGUUGCUUUUCGGAACUGUAGCUUCUGCAUGGAUGAGCUGGACGAAGCUCGAAGCCUGAAGCUGAAGGAACUCCUUGCUGAUUAUUUCGAAAAGAGACGAGACCUAAACAUGAGUAAGACGUUUGAUGACGAGCAGGACGAAUACGCUGAGGACCUCCGCAAGUGCAAGGAGUGGGAGGAGCAAAUUCGUGCUGAUGUGAGGGGUUUACUGUCCAGUCGAAUUGAUGAGAAGUUUUCUGGUCGUGCAGUGGCAAGAAUCUUCCAUGGGAUUGGAAGCCCGUGUUAUCCUGCACAGAUGUAUGGUCGGGACCGGCGCUACUGGAGAAAGUAUCUGAACUUUGAUUUCAAUGAGCUUAUUCGGUUAGCCACUCAGGAGAUUAUUAGAACCAGGUAACAGAAUAAAUGUAUCAGUGGCUCUUUGUAUAUUUAGUACUGAUUUGUAGUCACUGAUUUGUGUAUGUACAUGUUGUUUGUCCUCUAUAUAUGUACAUCAUAUCUGCAUGUUUUUACAAAUGAUCCAUUUUG